UUUAAUAUGUGAUCAUUUGCUCUACGAGAUUAUGAAUCCACACAUAAACACGACUAAAAAAAUGUUUAAAUAUUUUUUCUAACUGUGUGAGUUCGGGUUAUAGUGUAGACCCAUGCGCGCUCCCGCUAGCUGCGCGUACCAGGAAAGGGAGGGCGCCAAAUAGGAAGGACACGGAAGGCAGAUGUGUGUCUGACUGUCUGGUAGACAACAUAGCGCAUCAACUGUGCUCGAUACGUCCAUAUUCUGCCUUAUGAAAUCGUGAUCGGUCGGUUCAUCUCCAUCCUGACGGAACGUCUCCUGCACGCGGACAAAGUUUAACGUCUGACCCCUGAAUGCAGCAGUAAAUUUAUACUCUUAACAAAAAAGUCUGUCCAGUGUUUCUUUCUGUCCAAAGCUGGAAUGAUGUUCUGUUAAACAAGAAAUGCAUCAGACAUGGAGGCAGAUACUGUGAGCAUCUGGCCACGCAUGGAGCCUUUCUUACUGGGAGCCCUGCAGGUGGCUCCAUCCUCCAAGCUCAGCCUUCACUAUCUUCGAAAGAUGGCGAGCUACGUGCGAACGCGGGACGGCUGCUUCCCGGUUCUGGGCUGGUCCAUGUGGAGACACAUCGCCUGUGGAAAGCUGCAAAUUCCAGAAGACCUUGCCUGGCUGUACUUUGAGACCUUUGACCUGCUGGUGGGCCACAGUCCAGAGGAGAGGCUGGAGAGGGCUGAGUGUUUGUCCCAGUGCUCCUCAAAAACUGAGCUGGACCAGCAAAGGAACAAGUUGUCAGUGGACACCCUGCAGUUUCUCCUCUUCCUCUACAUCCAGCAGCUGAACCGUUUGUCUCUGCGUACGUCUCUGAUUGGUGAAGAGUGGCCCAGUCAUCGCACUCGUUCCUCCUCUCCGUCAGACCGGGAGGCCAAGACGAGCUCUCAGAACAAGAACUGGGACGAUCAGGCCCACCUGUCGUUUGUGCAAAGCCAUCUGCCGGAGAUUUUGGAGCUGCUGCUGGAGCCCGGCCAGCUGUCGCAAUCUGGACAAGCCCGAAGAGACAGCCAGCAGAUAUCUCUGGAGGCCGUGCGGAGCUUGGGUCUGCUGCUGGAGGGCACAGCUGGUCCUGGAAAAGCAGUUCAGCCCGUUCACCGGCUGCUGACCAAGGGUCCACUCCAAACACAAGCUGGCUACUCAAUGCUGAGCCGCUCCUUCCUCCUGCACAAGCUCCUCUCCUGCCUCCAACACAGCCUCACCCUCAACCCCUUCGGGAUCACUGCCUGCCUCCGUUCAGGGAAGAAACUGGCCUGGGCUCAACAAGUGGAAGGCACCAUGAAGAGAGCCAAGAUAGCGAGGAACACCCACACUGCUCCACCCGGUAGUAAGAUGGUGCUGAUGUCUCAAGUCUUCAAACAGACUCUAGCUAAGACGUCCGACAAGUUGACUGCCGCUAACAUCAAAAUCCACAGAUGCUCCGAUGCCUUCAUUUACCUUCUGUCGCCUCUCAGAUCCGUCAGCGUGGACAAAUGCCGGGACAGCACGGUGGUUUUGGGUCCUGUGGAGAUCAGCGUCCACAUCCACAGCUGCCACAAUGUGCGGUUGGUGUGUGUGGCCGGCAGGAUCGCGAUCGGAGCGUCGUCACGUUGCACCAUCCACUCCCUGACACCCACCCGCCCACUGCUACUGCCUGGAAACGCAGACAUCACCCUGGGUCCUUUCCACACCUUCUACCCCUCCCUGGAGGAUCACAUGGCCAGCGUGGGACUGGCCGUGGUCCCCAACGUCUGGGAUCAGCCCCUGCUUCUGGGAACCGACGGCCUCGCCAGCCCCUCGCUCAACACCUCCUCCAGCCUGGACGCCACCUGCUACCGCUUGCUGCCUCCGUCCGAGUUUCACAUGCUAGCCGUGCCCUUCCAGAUGGAGGGGGAUACGUGCGAGGUGCCCGGCGGACUGCCUCCCGCGUACCAGACAGCUCUGAAUGAAAAGCAGAAGAGGAUCAAGGACUGGCAGAAAACGGUGAUGGAGGCCGGACUGACCAAGGAGCAGAGGCGCCAGUUCCAGGAGCUGGUGGAGACAAAGUUCCACGAGUGGCUCCUGGAAACGGGACACCGACAGGAACUAGACAGCCUGAUCCCACCAUCGGUAACCUCCCUGAAGGAGAUGGACGGAGCGGCGAAGAACACCAGUCGAGUUAAGGAUGCCAAACACAUGGGGACAGGACGGGGGGAGGGACAGUCCCCCAUGGCUUGUUAAGUUUAUGGGCUAUGCUUGUUGGGACGUUUUCCAGAAGGAUAACUACAGCUUUGGCCGUGAAGCUGCUGAUUCAGAUGUUCUGCCCAAUUUCAGGUGUGUCCAGGGUUAGAACUCCCUCUGAAGAAAAGGCAGCUUAAGUCCUCACCUGUCUGAGCUGGGAGUGGAUCUGUCUGAGCUGGGAGUGGGCUGGCAUGUUGUAGAGCAACAUGACGAGCAUCGAUCAUUAAAGAAAAGACGUUAAAAAACAGGUUGGACGGGUCAUAAAGGGACAGUCUGUAAAUAAAACAUGCUUAGAUUUGGAUUUAAUUCAACCAAACUUUUUUUUAACCUACUUGGACUGGUUCUGCUGCCAGUUUAAACCCGUCCCUGUGGUGGAUUUUACAUUUCCUCUGCAGGAAGAUUGUCUUGUUGCUCUUCUAGAAGUUGAGCUUUUAGAUUGAUGACUGCGACACGGGUUGACUAGCAGCAACACUGCUGGUCUGGAACCAGUUUUCUUGGCCCAGAACCAUUUCUAAACCCAUUAACAGGUUCAGCCAUGGUUCAGUACGGUCCAAUUCCCAGAGAACGACGACUUCCACCUUUUCUGAACACUGUCAUCAUUUCAUCUCAAACAGUUCAUAAACACCAUGUUAGUUUGUAAAGAAACGUAAGUUCAUAAAGGGAAACUGGUGUGUAUCUGAAGAUGGAGAAUGUUGCUGAAUGAGUCCCACUUUGUGUGUAAGUGAAGGAAACCCCACAGUAACACACUCAGAUUGUAGUGUUUAUGACUUCUGAAACUUUAAGGAAACAUUGUCGGUUUGAUUUUACCGUCCGGCAGCGAACAUCUGAUCUGCCAUGAUUACGCAACUGUUUACUGACGAGUUAGCCAGUUUAUUUUGUUACAAAUCCUAAAUGUAUUUUUGUAUUUAUUUACCUGAUGUUCUGUAUAUAUUAAUUUCCAGAAACCUUCCCUCUUUAAAGAGCCAGUUUAAGCAUUUAAUACCUCCAAGUGUACUUCUGUCAGUUCUUUGCACAUUUGAAUGUUUUAAUUUGGAGCAUUUUCAUUAGAAAGGACACAUGCGACAGAACUGCUGGAGGAUUUUAGUGCAGAAUAGUUUGGGUUAAAGGAAGCAAAGGGAAGAUGGUGGUACUGUAAAAAAGAAAGUGUUUACACUACAAAAGGCCUUACUGAUGCUGUAUGAAGACAAAAAACUUUUAAAUUAAAUAAAGAAUAAUAAAAGUUUUUACUAAAA